GGGGCGACGGUGUGAAACCCGACGAGAGAGAAGUGACAGUUGAGAUAGAGCGGCAAGCACAAAGAACGUCUCAGUCGGCGCUGAGCCAUUGCCUCAGCAAGUCUCACCAGAAGUCGGAGAUCUAGUUCGAGAAAGUUUCGACCGAUUCCAAGCAUGAGACUCUACAGUGGCUACGCGAUACUGGUCCUCGCGACGAUUUUCGCGUGUACGCGACUCUCGCUUGCCAUACGUGUCACGCAAACCUCCGGUAGGAAGAACGACGUGGUGGCCGAUCAGACACCGGCUUCGUCCUUCUGGACACCCACCAUUAAGACAGGCAACAUCUUCACCGACGAUAGCAGCAACUUCUUCCCUUCGAGUCAUGGCUUGGUGCAGACCCAUCCGACUGGUAAUGUGUUUCGAAGUGGUUUCGGUGGAAUCGACAAUCUCGGUAGUCGAGGAGUGACUGUCAGACCACCAAGGACGAGGCCUCUCGAUUAUAGCGAGCGCGCCACGGCUGAAUUGCGUCGAAAUCCGUCGCUUUCCUCGCCGGACGAGUGCGCCAGAGCUUGCCGCGAGAACGAGCCGCCCAGGAUAUGCUACUAUCACUUCACCCUUGAGUAUUACACCGUCCUUGGAGCAGCGUGCCAAAUCUGUACCCCUAACGCCACGAACGUGGUCUGGAGCGACUGCCAGUGCGUGCUAGCAGACGGCGUGGAACGAGGCAUUUUGACAGCGAAUAGAAUGGUACCCGGCCCCAGCAUCCAAGUCUGUCAGGGCGACAAGGUCGUGGUCGACGUGGAGAACCACAUCGAGGGUAUGGAAGUGACCAUCCAUUGGCACGGAGUGUGGCAGAGAGGCUCCCAAUAUUACGACGGUGUACCGUUCGUGACGCAAUGCCCUAUUCAGGAAGGUAGCACGUUCAGGUACCAAUGGAUGGCUGGAAACGAAGGCACGCAUUUCUGGCACGCUCACACAGGACUGCAGAAAAUAGACGGCCUCUACGGAAGUAUCGUAAUACGUCAACCGCCGAGCAAAGACCCUAACAGCCACCUUUACGACUACGAUCUGACUACUCAUGUCGUUCUCAUCAGCGACUGGUUCCAUGAGAACGCGGCCGAGCGUUUCCCUGGCCGUCUAGCAGUUAACACCGGUCAAGCCCCCGAGAGCGUGUUGAUCAAUGGAAAAGGACAGUUCAGGGAUCCCAACACCGGUUUCAUGACGAACACACCCCUGGAGGUGUUCACCAUAACUCCCGGUCGGCGUUAUCGUUUCCGACUGAUCAAUUCCUUCGGAUCGGUCUGUCCAUCUCAGAUUACGUUCGAAGGUCACUCCCUGACGGUGAUCUCCACCGACGGAGAAGCAGUGCAGCCGGUCACGGUGGACACCAUCAUCUCGUUCUCCGGCGAACGAUACGACUUCGUAAUAAAUGCGGAUCAACCGGUCGGCGCGUAUUGGAUUCAAGUUCGUGCUCUCGGCGAGUGCGGUAUCCCGCGUGCACAACAGCUAGGCAUACUGCGGUACGCCCGUGGACCAUAUCAGCCAACCACCACGGCGCCCACUUACGAUUUUGGUCUUCCACAGGGUGUCGUACUGAACCCCUUGGACGCGAUUUGCAAUCGUCAACGGGAGGACGCGAUUUGCGUGAGCCAGCUGAAGAACUCCCGACAGAUCGACCAAGGAAUUCUGCAGCAGCGUCCUGACGUGAAAAUAUUCUUGCCGUUCCGCUUCCUAUUCUACAGGCCAGAGGAGGUGUUCCAGCCGCAAACGUAUAAUCGGUUCUUGGUCGCCCCGACCGGAGAUCACGUAAUCUCUCUCGUCGAUGAAAUCUCGUUCACAUUUCCGCCGGCGCCUCCGCUUUCGCAAAUCGACGACAUCCCGCCUGAGCAGUUCUGCAACGGUGACAACAGGCCAGCUGACUGCGGCGCCAACUGCAUGUGCACCCAUCAAGUUGAUAUCCCGCACAACGCGGUCGUCGAAGUGGUGCUCGUAGAUGAAGUACAACAACCGAAUUUGUCGCAUCCCUUCCAUCUACACGGAUACGCCUUCAACGUGAUCGGUAUCGGUCGCUCUCCCGACAAGAACGUGAAGAAGAUCAAUCUGAAACACGCGUUGGAUCUCGACAAGAGGGGUCUUCUGAAUCGACAGUUCAAUUUGCCACCUGCCAAGGACACUAUUGCCGUUCCGAACAACGGCUACGUCAUUUUCCGGUUCCGCGCAGACAAUCCAGGAUACUGGUUGUUCCACUGUCACUUCCUCUUCCACAUACUCAUCGGAAUGAACCUGAUUCUGCACGUGGGGACGCACGCGGAUCUGCCACCAGUGCCGCCAAACUUCCCUAGAUGCGGGGACCAUCUACCACCCAUCACACCCCCGUCGUUGACACUAGACUCGUUUCACUGAUGCAUCCUGAGGAGAGUCAGCGAUCAGAGGCGGUCCAAAGCAUACACGAUAUUUUUAGCGUAUUCCUGUAAAGUAGUCAGUAUGCUGUAGCGAAUCUAUUUCAGAAAUCUUCCUCUCGUCGGGGGUCGUUCGUCGGGGUGCGUUCUACGUGAGAGAGACCCAACAAGAAAAAGAGAAAAAAG